AAUUGUCUAAUUUUUAUGAGUAUGUUUUAGUGUUUUAUUUUUCUUCUGUAAGAAGUGGAAAUAAUUUAUAGAAUAAUGGAUAAUCCAAAGAGAGUGUCCGUAGAUUAUAUCAAUAAUUCACAGAAAUUUUCAUCUCAGAUACAGGAUUAUAACAAACAAUAUUGUAGUAUAUACCUAGCUAGGUUGAAAGAAAUGGAAAUUUUACUCAGAGAAAAAAUUAACAAAGUCUGGGGUAGUAAAUUUCCCAUCGUGAAACUUCAUAAAUUAUCUGAAGAAAAUUAUGAGAAAUGUGUUGUUAUUGGGACUUUAUUCAAAGACCAGAAACUGAAACCGUCUAUUCUUAAGCAGCUCAUGGAGUCCAGUUUAAUGGCAAGUCCAGUCCUCGACCAUUUCACUGAUGAAAGUGACAAAUUAUUCAUCGAAGAUGAAAUGCAGAGGUUUGAGGUGUUAGGAAAUAUUCGACCUCAAAACCUGGUUACUGGAAUUACCUGCGCUUUGCUGGGCUCUGAUAUGGGCAAGGGAAAGUUCAUGGUGGAGGAAUGCUUAUUUGCGAACUACAGAAAUCAAGUUGAGAGGCCCUUGUUUGAAGACAGCGUAUUUGUGAUAUUUAUCAGUGGCAUAGAUUUCAUUAAUCAUCAUAAUUUUCCAAUCAAUCUAGAUCUGUUCAAGUAUUGGAUAAGUGGAAUGCUAGGGGAUGUCGACACAGUGUCCAAAAUCGCCAGAAUAAUUAUAGCUGGUAAUAGCAUAAGGAGUACCCCAGAAAAACGAAAGCCCACAAUUUCUAUGAUAAGUCGUUGCACUGAACCAACAGAAACCAUCGAAGCUGUAAAGUUAUUCGACAACUUUCUCUCGUACCUCUGUGAGCUAGUGGAUGUUGAUUUGAUGCCAGGCGAGAACGAUCCCUCAAACCACAUCCUACCUCAAAAAGAAAUGCAUCACUGCAUGUUCCCGCAAUCAGCUCCCUUCAGAUCUCUGCACCAGGUUUCCAAUCCUUAUUUCUGUUCGCUGAAUGGCACGAAGAUAUUGGGUACCUCUGGCCAACCUCUGAGAGAUUUGAGUUGGUAUUCGGACAUAAGUGAUCCUUUGGAAGGUUUGGAGAAGUGUCUUCUCUGGAACCAUCUAGCACCUACAGCCCCGGAUACUUUGGCUUGUUUUCCCAGUUACGACAAAGACCCAUUCAUUAUUGACGAUUGCCCUCAUGUGUUUUUUGCUGGGAAUCAGGCAGGAUUCUCUACUAAGAUGGCAAUAGGAGAUGACGGACAAAAAGUACGGUUGAUUGCCAUUCCCGAAUUUUCUAAGACUUUCCAGGUGGCUGUUCUAGAUUUAAAGAACUUGGAUUGUACCCCUAUGAUUUUCGAUAAGUUAUGAAAUUUUGACUUUUACUGAAAGUGAACUUGUGAUACAGACUUCCAGAAAGAGAUUUUUUUCAGUGUACAACAACGAGAAAUAAUUUUUGCAUGGAAUUGUAUAGAAAUGUCAGUUGUCUUUGCUCAGGAACAGUAUUGAAUCUCUUCGUCAUGAACUGAUGAUCCAUAAUGAAACUAUUUUACCCUUUUUGCCAGUCAAUAUUAGUAAUAUGUCAAUAAAAACAAAUUACGAUAAACAA